AUGCAAUCGCCAACUAUAUUUUUAUGUUCGAGAGAUAACAAAAACCCUAGAAGAAGUGAUUCUCUGGUGAGGAAGAGAAAAUCUAUUGAAACCGAAACAAACGCUACAGACGACUUUGAAGAAGAAGACUUCAACAUACAGCCGACUAUGAUAAUUCCCUUGAAAAGUAACAUCAGCUUUUCCCUUCUAAUAUCCAGGAUAAAGGACUUAAAUAGAAACGUCACUUUAGAACUACUUGCAACUUGA